AUGGAAUACCAGAUGACAAGAGGAGAAUUCUACGAAAUCCCAUCAGAAGAAUCCCACCCAGGAGAACCUUCGACGAAACGGAACAGUCAACUGGAAAAAGAAGAAGACAUUUAUGACAACCCAACUACGAAUGAUUCGAAUGACGAUGUAAUGGAUGAAAAUGAAGCGUUCGAAAGUAGUGGUGAUGACGCAAACGAGCCGACAAUGGACUUCUUCAACAUCGAAAAUGCGGUAUCGUAUGUUGCUGUCAUUUUUCUUCACAACAACUUUUCCGACUCAGUCGCGAAAGACAUUUUUCAUGCUCAUGUGGUAGCAAGAAUCUCUUCUAUCAGCUCAGCGAAAAGCUCGAAAUUCGCGUUGAAUGACUUGAAAAAGCGACUUCUUGAAAUUCCUCACAUCUUUCCUGGCGAAGGAAUCUUCUGUCGAGUUCAUUUGGGCGAGGUUAAUUUUUCAACUCCCCCGAGAGGAACAGGAUCAUCCAAUCAACUGAUGAACAUAUUCAAAACGAUUUUUCUCAAACUCGUAUCACCUCAAUACUUAAUUUGGACUAUUUCCUAUCGCCCAAACAGUGGAAGGCGUGGCGACAAACACUUCGAUCGUUUCCCAGAAACGUUAGUGACGGUGCUUAAAGAUUUCGGAAUGGACGCCAUCGCAAAUUACAUCCCCACCCGACUUCUUCCAGCCGACGCCGAUAUGGACGAAAAGUUCGUGAAAAGAUUGACAUACCCAUUCGAGGAAGCUUGUAAAAAGAUUGUUAGACCCCGAAACUCUUACGAGUCAGCUGAUAAGCUUGUUCGUCACGCAAUUCAUGGUGCUUUGCAACUUCUUCGCACGUAUCAUUAUGACACAGCGAACGGGAUUCUCGUGAAUUGCAAGAAAAGAUCGGAGUGUUCGACACAUUUGACGUGGAAAGACUACAAGUCUAAACUAGAAGUUGGAGACCAAGAUGCCUAG